AGCAAAAUCGUGUUUGUGAGAACGCAGAAGACAGCGUGCAUAAAAUUCUGUCUUAAAGUUUAAUCACUUGUUAAUCAUAAAUCUUAAAACCCCAUUUGUAAAUGGCGACUCGAUCACUACCUCGUCUCCUCCGCGCCGCCGCCGCCUACCACCGCAUCACCAUCCCCCUCCUCCGUCCCCACCACACCCUCACACUCACCUCUCCGAUCUCCUUCCUCCGCUCCCACCCGACCAAUCUCCCCUCCCUCCACUUCUUCUCCACCGCCCGGCGCGUCCCUACACGCGCUCCCAAAGUCGACAUCGCCGCUCGCGCUCGUCAGAUGCAGACGCGCCGCCUCUGGACCUACGCGCUCACCUUCAGCUGCAUAGCAGGAUUCAUAGUCAUAGUCCUCAACCAAUUCCAAGACCAAUUAGUCUUUUACAUCACACCAGAAGAAGCAAUCAACAAGUACUCAGCCGAUCCUUCGAAAUCGAAGUUUCGACUCGGCGGACUGGUGCUCGAAGGGAGCGUUAAUCAGCCUGCCUCAUCCUCCGAAAUGGAGUUUGUUAUAACCGAUUUACGGAAAGAUAUAUUAGUCCGGUACCAAGGCUCGUUGCCUGAUUUGUUUCGAGAAGGUCACUCCGUUGUUGUGGAAGGAUUUGUUAAGCCGUUUACCGAGGAAAUUAGGGAGUGUAAGGAGGCGAAGAGUGUUACGAUGAAAGCUAGGGCGUGGGAUUGUUAUUUCUCAGCGACUGAGGUUUUGGCGAAGCACGAUGAGAAGUAUAUGCCUGCGGAAGUUGCCAAUGCGUUGGAGAGGAAUAAGAAGAUUAUUGCAGAAGAGGCCAAGGCAGCUGAGGAAAAGGCAGCUGCCGUGACUGGGUAGUUUUUUUAUGAAUUUUGACUGAUGUUAUCGAUUUUGAGGAUCAUAGAUAUAUAUUGCUAAUUGAUUAAUUAAUCAUUGUUGUGAUGAGAUAUGGAUUAUAGUUAUAUUGUUUGCGGUUUGGCAAUCAUAGGGAAUUUUUACGAAUAAAUGUCGAAAAUUUUGGGGUUUCAGUUAUAUAUGUUCAUGCUGGAUCAAAUUCUUGAUUGUAAGAAGUUUUAUCUAGUUGGCUAAUGCACGGCUUUGCAAAAUUAUUAAUCUAAAUGUCAUAGUUUUUGGAGUUCA